AACUACGAUUAGCACGGUUGGCUACGUACGGUGCGAAAGAAGUCCAGCAUACACACAAAGACAAGACACACACAGACACCUACGGACGGACGGACGGACACACAGAGAGGCAGAGAGACGCCGGGCGUCGCCCUGGUGACCCAGGCGGCAGCGAGGCUCGGGCUCCGAGUGCACGAAGUGAUGGAGGCGAUUUGGGUCUACCAGUUCCGUCUCAUCCUGGUGGGGGACUCCACGGUGGGGAAGUCUUCGCUGCUCAAGAGGUUCACCGAGGGCAAGUUCGUGGACAUCUCGGACCCCACGGUGGGCGUGGACUUCUUUGCGCGCCUCGUGGAGAUCGAGCCGGGCAAGCGGAUCAAGCUGCAGCUGUGGGACACGGCGGGCCAGGAGCGCUUUCGCUCGAUCACGCGCUCGUACUACCGCAACUCGGUGGGCGGCAUGCUGGUGUUCGACAUCACCAACCGGCGGUCGUUUGAGCACGCGAGGGACUGGCUGGAGGAGGCGCGGAUGCACACGCAGCCCUCACACAUCGUCUUCAUGCUGGUGGGCCACAAAAGCGACCUGUCGGAGCAGCGGCGGCAGGUGGAGCGCUCCGAGGCGGAGCGCUUUGCGGCGCAGCACGGCCUCCGCUACGUGGAGACGAGCGCCCGCGACGGAGACAACGUGGAGCGUGCCUUCACGCAGCUCACGGCCGACAUCUACGCCCUGGUCAAGGCCGGCCACAUCCCCCUGCAGGACGGCUGGGAGGGCGUCAAGAGCGGAUUCGUGCCCAACACCGUCCACUCGUCGGACGAGGCACCGCGCGCACGCGUCUGCUGGUGCUAGCGCGGGCGACGCCGCACCCCACACACACAACCACCUAGCUACACACACACAACCACCUAGCUACACACACACAACCACCUAGCU